AUGUCUACAGCUCUUCCUUCUUCAGACACAACAGUACAACUUGUUGGUUUAUCUACUAACCAACCACCUACUGCAAGUCCAUCACAAGCAUUUUUGCAACAACAACAACAAGCUCAAAAUAUAUUUAGACAGAGACAACUUAUAGCUCAAAAACAAAUGAUGCAACAACAAAUGUUGCAACAACAGAAAUUAACUCCUCAACAAUUACAACAACAUCAACAGAAAUUAACUCCUCAACAAUUACAACAACAUCAACAGCAACUUAUUCAACAACAUUUAUUACAACAACAGCAACAAUUACAACAACAGUUUCAUCAGCAGCAGCAGCAACAACAACAACAACAACAACAACAACAACAGCAACAACAGCAACAGCAACAACAGCAACAUCAACAACAGCAACAGCAACAACAACAACAACAACAGCGACGUCAAUCACAACAACAAACACCUACAAGUACACCCCAAUCAACGAAUACUACACCAGCUAUUUUACCAAUAAAAAUAGAUCCUCAAACUAUUGCUGCUUUAGAAUCAAUUCAUACAAGUGGUCAAGCUGUACUUCGGUUAAUUCAAUUUGUUGAACAGUUAACUCCAAGCCCAACUGAGGCAGUGGAUUAUAAACAUUGGGUCAAUUUUACAGAUAAUUUCUUUACUCCAGAAAGUCAUUUAGUAUUUGAAUUAAGUAAUACGGAAGAUGAUGAAAAAAAAUCAUUUGAAAUGACUACACCUACAAUAGCUGGAUUUUUUCAAGUUCAAUAUCUUUGUGGAGUCAAAUCUAUUCAAAUGACGUUAGGAAAGACAGAAGAAUAUAUAUUAGCAGAUGGUGUAAUGCAUGUAGAAUGCCCUCGUGCAAGUUUGCUUCAUCGUUAUGAAAAUGGCACUUUGGUCAUCAAUACGGGUCCUUUAUGGGCUCAAUUUUUAAGAACAUCAGCUGGUGUCUGGAAAAUUAAUCAUAUGGAUUUUAAAUGUAAGAACCAUGAAGAAUACGUGUCUAAAUCAAAUAUAAAAACGGGUCCAAUUCCAAAUUCUAAGAAAAAAACGCAAUCAGUUAUACCUGAAUCACCCAUAUCAAAAUGGUAUUUACCUUCUCGUGUAGUAAAUUACUUGCAAAAUGCUGAUCUUGUUUGUGAAGCAGAUGAAAUUAUGUUUCACUCUCUGGUUACAGAAACAACGGCAAAAGAUAGUAUGGGUGCUAUUAUACUUGAUCAUACACGUAGAUCAAUUUUAAAACAUGAAGAUGAAGAUAAUAAAGUAAAUAUGAGUAAUAAUAAUACAUCAGUAGGAUCUCCUAUUGUAAAAACACAAAAAGGACAUAAUCAGCAAACUACCAUGACACCACUUCAACAACAGGCAGCUUUAAGGCAACAACAACAAUUAUUUCAACAACUUCAACAACAAGCAACUUCUCCUUUCCGUCCACCAGCGUCAAGACAAAGCCCACAAUUACAACAAGGUAGAUUAGGUAGUAAUCAAACGAGUCCUACUAAUAAACAAUCAACAAAACAAUCAAGACAACAACAGCAAACAGCAUCUUCCUAUCCUGAUCAAUUUUCGCCACAAAGUCCAGUGUCGCGUAAGUGA